CUCCGCAACUGGGUCUGAGCUGGGUGAAGUCUCCCUUAGCCAACCUCGACGACUUGUGCCAUGUUAGUCCUUUUUACGCUGUUGAGUGCUCUCUUUGCGCUCGUCCGGGCUUCGGAGCUCACGUUCAAGCUUGAAAACCAAGACACUCAGUGUUUCAGCGUCGAUGCAAUCCAUCUGGGCGAGAAAUGCCACUUCACAUAUGCCGUGCAGUCUGGCGGUGCUUUCGACGUGAAUUACGAGAUCCAGUCGCCUGCUGGAAAGACGAUCGUCCAGGGAAAACGCAAGCAACAGGCCGAUGUCUAUUUUACGCUGGAGGAACGUGGUGAGUACCAGUUCUGCUUCGACAACCAUAUCUCGGCCUUUACGGACAAGAUCAUCACUCUUGAGAUUACGCUGGAGAACGAGCUUUCCAUCAAGCCCCACGGCCAGGAAGAGAAGCACCAGCACGAGAGUGGCAGCAGAGAGGCUCUUGUUAUGGAGCUGUCGUCGGACUUGAUGGAGAUUAGUCGCUACCAAACGUAUUUCCGCACUCGUGAGAACCGCAACUUCUCCACCGUCAAGUCUACCGAGUCUCGAAUCCUGUACUUUGCUUUGGGAGAGUCUCUGAUGGUCAUUGGUAUUUCGGCAUUGCAGGUGUUUAUUGUCAAGACAUUCUUUAAGCGCAGAGGAAAACAAAGUGUAUAAUGAGCCGGCGCAACUAUGGCAUGUAUCGGCAGCAUGUGUAUGACCGAUGGAUAUAUACUUAUCUUGCAUGAGCGGCUGUCAUGAAAAUAAAAUGUAUAAAACGAGA